AUGUCAGAACUGAUUUUAUUCUUGCGUGCCCUUGGCGGGAGCACGCUUGAGAUCUGCAAAUACACGGACGAGAUCUUCGUGUCCUGCGUGGAUGUCGACAUUCAGGGUGGGGUGGCCUCUACUACGCAGAUUGAAGUCACAACUACCACCACCACUGUCUCAGCGAGCAGUGAGUGUAUUUGGACAGAGCCGGCCGGGCGCAGCGUGGAGCGCACCCCUCGCGAGGAGAAGGAAGGUCGAAUCUGCUGGGAUGUCACAGUUCCUGCAGGAACAAAGGUCUACUACCAGUCCAAGACCGACAUCUACCACAUGUGGAACGCAAAUGCUUGCUGCUUCAGCGCUUCGGAUAGUUUCGGCUCUGACGUCAAUGGGAAUCCGAACAUCGUUGUCUUCACGCCGACUGUCUCCACUUUUGGCUUCUGCGAGUGCACUGCCUGGGAUCCCAGCAAUCCUGGAACCUGUGCCGGCCAAGCCACGCCCGAGAACAUGAUCUGUCCCGUUUUGGGAGCUGCCGCGGAGAUGUGUGGGGAGGCUGCCUCCUUCGAUGGCCUUCCUGUCGGCUGCACGCCACCCUUCUCGACCACACCGGGAACCACAGCUACCACAACCAUGGCGCAGACGACAACGUCGCCAACGGACGGCUGCUGUUAUUGGGACGCUGCCAAGGGCUGCGAGGGGAGCGGAUAUUGCUGGGAGUCCAAGGCCAACUGCGAGGGAACCUGCAACGGAAUGUGGAAGGCAAACGUUCCCUCCACAACGACAAUGGCUCCCACAACGGCUCCGCCCACCACAGCCGCCCCAACCACAACUACCACAACCACCACAACCACCACAACCACCACCCCCAUGCCAACAACCUACCCGACCACACCUAUGCCCACCACGACAGUCCCGGCAACCACGGGCAUGCCCUCAGAUGGUUUCGAGCCGGUGGAUGGAGGUGUUGGCCGAGCAUGCCGGGGAGCCAAUGUUGGAGACAACCUUCUCUCCUACUUUCAAGUGAGGAGCGUGGAGUCCAUGGCUGACUGCAAGGCGGCGUGCCUCGCGACUCCGGGAUGCACCGGCGUGGAGAGCAUCGGAAGGAGGUGCGAAGUGUGGACGCAUCCCAUCGGAACCAGUAUCAGCCUCGCUGGCUACACAUGCUUGCGCCUGGUGGGAGGCGUCAGCACUACGACAGCCCACCCUGUUCACUCCUCGUGCGGUCAGCUGCAUGACCAGUGCGGCGGAGAUGAGCACUUCACGGGCAGCACCUGCUGCGUAUCGGGUCUCAAGUGCGAGUACAAGGACAGCAAGUACUCGCAGUGCCUCAUGGACAGCGCCAAUCAGGUGUCCUGUGCACAGAUCUGGCAGCAGUGUGGUGGAGCUGGCUGGACGGGUUCAAACUGUUGCGUAGAGGGCUUGACCUGUGUCUGGGGAAACGAUCACUACUCGCAGUGCCU